AUGAGUGACACAGAAAAGCCGAUCAAGUCUGAGGAGCCCGUCGACGAGGGCGUGGACCGCGUUGACGAGGAGGAGAAUGUUGAGGAACCUGCUGAGGAUGUUGGAGAGGCUGCCGAGGAGGCUUCUGAAGCCCCAGAAGAAGCCCCUGCUGAAGCUGCUACUACUACAGAAGCUGCUCCUGCUGACGACGAUGAGGACGACUCGGAUCUGUCUGAUCUUGAUGAGGAUGAGAUCAAGAACGCCGCUAUUGAGGACGACGACGACGACUAUAACAAGCUGAGCGCCCACCGACGAAAGGUGCAAAGCUCAGGCAAGAAGACGCUCAAGAAGCGAGCCACCAAGGACUCGAGGGCCGCGGACGACGAUGAGGACGAGAUCGAUCACUCACAUAUCGAUUUGGACCCCAGCAUGGCGCGACGACGGGAGAUUGAGGCUCGGAUCGACGCGGCCAUGAAGCCUGCUUCUCAGCGACGGAAGAAGCUGGGAGAGGACGAUAUCGAGAUGAUGCAGGACGAGCGAAUCUCCAAUCUGCGGGAGAAGAUGCGAAACGCGGCCAUUGCCGACGCGGAAUCCAACCGAGAGGGCCAGCCUGCCACACAUAAGCUACAGCUGCUUCCCGAGGUCAAGGACGUGUUGCAGAAGCAUCAUUUGGCCGACUCAAUUCUGGACAACAACUUGCUGGAGGCUGUACGAAUCUGGCUGGAGCCUCUUCCUGAUGCCUCUCUUCCUUCAUACUCCAUCCAGGAGGAACUGUUUGACGCUCUGGUCCGUCUGCCCAUCAAGUCCAUUCAUCUGCGAGAAUCCGGACUCGGAAAGGUGGUCACCUUCUACCGAAAGUCCAAGCAGCCGCAGCUGCGAAUCAAGCGUAUUGCAGACAAGCUUGUGGCAGACUGGACGCGCCCCAUCAUGGGCCGAUCAGACAACUACCGAGAAAAGGUGGUGAGCACACGGUCGUUUGAUCCCAGCACACAGGAGAUUGCGCUGGCUGUGGCUGCCAAGCGAGCCCAGACGCUCAAGGACGGAACUCUGGCCGAAAAGCAGGCAGAGCGACGACGACGAGCCCAUAUCCCCUCUGCACAGCCCGCCAACUACCGUGUUGCACCCAAGAGCGAGAUCAUUCCUCAGAACCGUGGUGGCUCUACUAACGACAUGACCUUCAAGCGGCUCAAGGGCAAGCUGGGCGUCACCAAGACUGGAAAGAAGAAGAGUGGAGUUAGUAUCGAGGGUCGGGGUCUCAACGGCUAG